AUGGCGAGGAGCCAUGCGAGCGAUGGAAGUGAACGGUCCCGCCACCGGGGUGCUGACGGAGUCGUCAAGAGGAGUCAGCCGCGCCAUUCCGUGGACGCGGGAGGGCGGCCGCCGGAUCCACAGCAGCUGAUUCAAUGUGGCAUCCUCCGUGGGGGGGAGAGGAGGAAGGGGGCAUUGGUACGGAUGUGCCUGUACGUUCUGAUCGUUUUUGCCAUAGGUGGGAACGUAUUUAUGGCCAGAUGGCUAUUCAGAUCCACGGAGGAUAAUGAAACGGAGAUUAGGAGAGUUGGAGGGAGGGGAUCGCGCCCCGUCUUGAGGUUCGUGCCAGGUGAUCUAUUUCGGAGGUUCGAGGUGCAGGGCGGUCUUGAUAGGAUCCGAUCAAGACGGGCAUUCGGCAUCAGACCUCCGAGGCUGGCUGUUGUGAGUAUUCUCCUCGCUCUCUUCAGAGAGUCAUGCAUUUUUUAGGAAAGAGUCCCCUCCAUAGUUCGGUUUGGAUGUCUUGCAAGGUUACAAAGUAAUGUGUACAAAAUUGCAAGCGUUCUUUACGGACGUGAUCUCAAACUAAAAUAUUAUUCCUAAUGAUCUUUAGACAUUCUAUUGAAAUCAAAGCACGACGCUCUUUGAAAACAGUUAACCUUGGGACACGCCUAUAAAAUAAAGACAUUGAACAGUCUGGACGGCUAGAUGUUCUACGGAGAAACAUAGUACCAGAGUGCCUUGAAUGGUUUUAGACCUGUAAACCAUCGCGAUUCUGUGUCAUUCUAUCUGGAUAUAACCUAAGUUUACAUCGAUUGUCAAAAUUCAGAGAAAUUUCGUUCCAAUAAUCAGUUAAUACGGUUUUCAUGACCGCUGCAAGCCCAGGUAUAAUUGAACUCCCAAGACUCGACUCAGGCACAUGGUCCAAUAAAAUUUUCAUUUAUAUGUCUUAAGGAAAAACUGUAUAACUCUUUGUCGAGGACCUCAUUUGACUAAAAAGAAAUGCGUGAGUUUCUGGGUUUAGCAUCUAGAAAGAGCUUUAUAUCAGCCAUUUACAGUCCAGUUAUACCAACCAACCCAUACACAGCAAACAAGGCUACCCUCAGCAUAGCCAUUUUCGACAAAUACUCUUUUAACUUUUGAGUGUUGAAAUUGGAAAACAUAACGUGCAUGCUAGAGCUCCUUAGCCCAUGGUCUUGCCAACUGAAUCGACGACAUAGUUUGAAUGCUCGAAAAUAUUCUUCAUCAAUUAGGUGAUGAAUGAUAUGGUUGUCACAUUUGAGUAUCAUAUAGAUCAUUUUUUCAAUGAUGUUUUGGCAUUAAUUUAUGGACGUUAUCGUAUUGUUCCAGGAUUAUCUUUUGCACUAGAUAUUCGUCGAGUGCUCCUUAUCCUUGCUAUGAGGCUUCUUUAAUUUGUAUUAGGUGGACGUAUGUUUACCUUUAUUUUCCUAAAUACUGCUCGUUUUCAGGUCUUAGGGCGAACACAGAAAGAUCCAACAUCUGUAUUGCUGUUUACUGUGUCCAAAGGUCUUCAAGAGAUUGGCUACCACUUGACAGUAAGUUAAUCAGUCUAUAUAAUGAAGAUAGUAUCUCGCGGUAGAUUUUUCGUACAUCCGAAUCCCUUCUCAUCCAUAUCAAAAUGUUCUACCACAUGCACAAAGCCCCCCCCCCUCCCUUUCUGGGUCUUACCUUGUGCUGCUCGUAAUACCGCUCCUUUCGCUCACUCCGACAUUGCAGUUUUCCAGGUUGAAUAGUUUCGCAACUAUUCAUUGUACCUAGCAUCUUUAAUAUCCAUGAAUUAAAAUUAAAUAUCCUCGUGUGAAACUUGCCAUGUGUUUUUCUUUAUUUACUUGUUAGAGGUCUACUAUCAAAUAGUUUUAUCUUAGUGAUUUUCUUGGGUCAGCAUGCAUACCACAACUUUGAGUCCCCAUCAAUUAGGAGUAAAUUCUUGGGUGUCAGAGCUUUUAAUGAUCCCCACCCAGGGUCCAGAAAUUAUCUCCAUUUUUUUCCCCUCCGAAAAUAGACUUCGUCACAAGUUUCCUUCUGGCAUUUGACCUCUGGGUUCAUGCUCUAGACCCAACUGUUAUUCCAGAAUGCCUAUCCAUCAGAGUUACGUUCCCACGUACAGAUGAUGGAUUCAUCCACUGUACCGUAACUCAUGUGGUCCCGGUUAAGGUUCUUAACACUCCAUUAUGAAUUUACGAUGUGAGAGUAUAUGAGAACCACAAACAUAAGUAUAUGGAGUGCGGUGCACACAAUUAAUUGAAGCGAAAAGAUAUGGAAAACAUACAGCACCUUAAUUUUGGAAAAAUAAUUAUAGAUUUUCCCAGAUGAGAAACUCAAAUUUCUUUCUGAAAACAUCUGUGGACAAAAUUUCCUUCAAGGAGAGCCGGAAUCCUAUGUGGCUAGUGCUGACCUUCCGAUCGUGAUCUUUUUUGGAUUAACUGUACUUUUUUUCUCAUUGUUUGAGAUUAUUUUUGAAUAAUUAUGUGAUGAAUUUUUAAAACAGAUUUUUGCAUUUGAAGAUGGGGAUGCUCUCCCAUGCUGGGAAGAAAUUGGAGGAAAUAUUUCUAUGUUAGGCAGCGACUACAUUACUGACUGGUCAAUGUAUGCUCUACGAUGCCAUUCCGUUCUCUAGCUUCUAGUGAUCUCACUACUGGAACAGAAGAAUCCCCUUAUAUCUGUUGUUCCAUUUUGGUGUUUAUGUCUCGUACAAUAAUAUUCACGUGGUGUAUCUUCCUAUAGUUUUGAAGGUGUCAUUCUAUGCUCUGCUGAAGCUGGCGUAGCCAUUCCGAGGUACUCUCGUACUCUUGUCGUAAUGUGUAUCCAGUUAUUUUGUGAACGCAGACAACUAAAUUGCCUCACCUUCUCUUUGCUCUCAGAGGAUGAUUUCUUGUGGUACCUGUUCAAAGUUAAUGUGAUGCAAGAAGAACAUUGAAUUUUAGAAAUGGAAAUUAUUUUUUUGAAAUUUUUGAAAUGGUAAAAUACAAUUUUUAAACAAUAAUUUAAUUUAGGUCAAUUUUAAUUACUGAAAGUUCUUAAACUGAACUCCGCUUUCAAUAUAAAACUCGAAUCAUGAAAUUUUGAUUUAUUUCAAGUUUUUUUGUUAUAACUCUAGUUCAAAUUUUUAGAGAUUUUAUUUCAUCUUUGAGCGUGUGAUUCUAGGAUUAUGGGGACACUCAAAAUUUUAUUGUUCAUUUUUAAAAAUAUUUAAAAUUAGGUUUACGGGGACUGCCUCACAUUUCUUGCUCCUGUAUUAAGGUUUCUACUUUUCUAUCAGGCUUUAACAUUUUUUCUGUAAACCAGGGAUUAAUGUUUUUGGAAAAAGUGAUAUGGAAUCCACUUCUUUGUGGAUUAUUUUUCAAGGAAAAGUAUAUUUUCUGCUGCGUAACAUUUAUUCAAAAGUUAAGCCGUUGAAUUUUUCUUAUUGGGUGCAUUCUCAUGCAUGAACCUUUUCAUUCUGUGCCGGUGAUAUGAAUUAUUGAACUUGUCUUAUUGAGUGCAGGCUCAUUCAUGUACAUCGUCAUUAUGUGCUGGUGAUAUGAAUUAUUGAACUUGUCUUAUUGAGUGCAGGCUCAUUCAUGUACAUCGUCAUUAUGUGCUGGUGAUCCUCCGGAAUAUUGAAUUUGUCUUAUUGAGUUCAGUCUCAUUGCAUGAACCUUUUCAUUCUGUGCCGGUGAUCUGGAAUAUUGAAUCUGUCGUAUAAUCUGCAGUCUCAUGCAUGAACCUUUUCAUUCUGUGCCGGUGAUUUGGAUUAUUGAAUUUGUCUUAUUGGUUGCAGUCUCAUGCAUGAACCUUUUCAUUCUGUGCCGGUGAUUUGGAUUAUUCAAGAAGACACACUUGGAGAACGUCUUUCAAUGUAUUCAGAUCUGUCCUGGGAGAAUAUUAUUUCUGCGUGGAGAAGAGCUUUCAGCAGGGGUUAUGUUGUGGUGUUUCCGGAUUUUUCUCUUCCCGUUAGUGCGCUGUGCCCAUUUUGUCAUAUUUACUGAUGCAAAGAAUUUACCUCACGACGAGAAGCUUACAGUGACCUUUUAUCUGUACGGGUUUUUUGUCCAUACCAGCUCUUGUACUCGACACUUGACACGGGUAACUUCUUCGUGGUGCCUGGUUCUCCUGUUGACGUCUGGGCUGCAGAAAGUUAUGGCAGAUCACACUCCAAGAACCAGUUAAGAAAAAAUAAAGGAAUCCAGGAAGAUCACGUGGUUAUUGUAGUCGUUGGAAGCUAUUUCAUGUAUGAUGAUGCCCCGUGGGAUUAUGUAGCUAUUGCACAACUAAUCGGAUCACAGUUGAUGGAACUUUCAAGAACACUGGAUUUGGAGGAAUCGUUCCAAGUUAUAUUUUUGUCUGGAAAUUCCACAGCAGAGGGGGGAUAUUCUUUACAGGUACUGGCUCGUGCACCAGCUAUUCACAUUUACUUCAAACAAAGAUCCAGCCAUUUCCGUACCAUACACGAAUGCAGAUUUCUCGAUUAACUUUUCGGAUGACUAAAUCUAUAGAGAUUUCGUCUUCUUUUGUCUUUUCUCUGUUUUUGAACUGCUAGGGCUUCCUGUUGAUCACUUUUUUUUACGAAGAAUGAUAAAUAAAAAAAUCCCGCUGAUGAAAGAGAAACUAACAUUUAAAUGUCUAUUUAUAUGGAAAUUCAUGCUGCCAUCUGUCAGAUGACUAGUUCGUCAUGUUGCCUUGCCGGCUGGUGAUCUCCCCACUUGAUUCUUUACUUUCGAAUUGAUUUUUCACUUCUUUUUUUUUAACCUAGGUAAGAUGUCUUUCCAUACGAUGAUUCGUUUUAUGUUCUUAAUUAUCCGUUGCAUUCAUGCUCCCUGAAUGAUUUUCACGCUCACUCUAAGAAUUUUAGUGGCCAGUAGACGUUCUUGGAGUUCUUGUUUUAGACCAUUCCUUCAAACCCUUAUUAUCCCUUACUUCGCAAAGGUAGCGUCACACUUAUAUUUGUUAUAAGCUAUCAUUAAAUCUGUGAAAUGUUUUGUUUCCUGUUUUGCAUGUUAAAUAGUUAAGCUAUUAUGGAAGGAACGGAGUACAAUGAGAACAUGAUCCAAACAUAUCAACAACAUGAAACACAUUCCCUGCAUUCUUUUCUAGCCCUCAAACAAGAUGCUGAACCUUUCCAAAUAUAGUAGGGUAGCCGGCUUUGUCAAUGUGCGUGCUUUUAGACCAUUCUUUCACAUGCAUUAUUGCUUAAUUGAUGAUAUUUUGUUAGAGGGUUAUUCCAAUAUCGUUGGAAUACUGUGUACAUCUUCACCCGGAGUUGUUUGAGUUUUUCUCCGACGUCACAAGCUCUCACUGUAUCUCUUAGCUUCUCCGUGUUUUUUGGUGACCUGUGAGGAAUCUGUCCCCCGUGAGACCCUUCUUUCUUGUCUAUGUUGCCCUUUCUUUUUUUCAAUCAGGACGGUGUUAGUGAUCCACAUAUCGUUCAUUUAACGACCUUCGGUCAGCAUGAGAUCCCUACGAGUUCCGUGAUGCUGUUAUCUGAGUGAAACACAUGAGCUGCUUGAUAAUUAUGUCAACUUGCUAUUUUGAGCAGGACGUGGCAUCACGCUGGGGAUUUCCUGAUGGUUUUGUCAAACACUACGGUUUCGACGGGGAUGCCGAUGGAGUGUUGUUAAUGGCCGACGUUGUCAUUUACGGGUCCAUGCACGAUGAGCAGAGUUUUCCUCCGCUGUUGGUCCGCGCCAUGUCCCUCGGAAUCCCUAUAAUUGCCCCAGAUUUGCCAAUAAUAGAUAAAUACGUAAGCUCAUCGCCAUUUUUUGAUCAUCGGAUGACGGCAUCACAGUCUUCUGUCUGACAAACGUUUACCCGCUUCUGCAGAUCACCAACGGUGUCGACGGCCUUAUUUUCCACGCUCGCGAUCCUCAGUCGCUUAAGGAUGCUCUCCGGCGAGCGAUAAAUGGUUUGAGUUUCUACGAGAUGGAGCGCAAUACUGCCAUUUCUGGGAAGAAACUCUCGAAGAACAUGCUGGCCUGGGAUUGCAUCGCUGGUUAUGCCAAGGUUCUUGAGAAUGUGAUUCAGUUUCCAUCAGACGCACUUCUCCCCAGCCCUGCCACCGAAGCCCGACAGCGAGUCUGGGAGUGGAGAUUAUUAGGGGAGCGGCACGAGUCCCUCGCUGACGAUGGUUAUGGGUCGAGGUGGACAUCCAGCAUCUUGGACGACAUUGGGGCCGACAUCGAUGAUCCGACCUUCGAAGAGAAUCCUCCCUCUGGGAACAGCGAGCUUAGUGACUCAGACUGGGCUGACGUCAGGGAAAUGGAGCUCUCUGAAGAUGCCGAGAGGCGAGAAGCGGAGGAGGUAUGAUGAUCCCACUUUCUCUCUCUUUCUUCCUUCACAAGUGCCUCUGGGUGAGUGACCUCUGUAUCGUUGUCUCAGCUCGCCGAGAGGACUGAGAGACCUUCAGAAUCAUGGGGAGACGCAUACGUCAUAGCCCAAGGAGUUGCCAAAACCAGGUUUGAGGUUAAUGAGAGAGAUGAAGGAGAAUUGGAACGAGUAGGGAGGCAUCUUUGCAUUUACGAAACUUACGGCGGAGCUGGUGCGUGGCCAUUUCUACACCGCGGUGCUCUGUACCGGGGUUUAAGCCUCGUAAGUUUAAUACCAACCUUGUCAUUUACUAGCACGGAUAAAGUUUCACGGCAUAAAAUAUCUCUCUCUCUCUUUCUCUGUUUCUCUCUUUUGGAUCCAUUUAUGGAAUAUCCUUUUGUAUAGUCUGAAGAGGGGAGUGAGUUCAGAUUCGACGAUGUCCCGGCGAUGCACCGUCUUCCCCUCCUGAACGACGCACGCUACAAGGAUCUUCUCUGCGAAUUUGGCGGCAUGCUGGCCAUUGCCAACAAAGUGGACAGCAUCCACAAGACGCCGUGGAUUGGGUUCCAGUCAUGGCGUGCCGCAGGGCGGAAGGUGAGUGAUGAUGACCCCGCCCUCCAGGUUGAGAUGUACGAAGAAAUCACCGGAAGAAGAUCAUCUCCUUUUAGUUCGCUGUCUUCACCUGUGGGAGAAUAAUGGCGUCGUCCUCUCUCUCUCUCUCGCUAAGCAGGUGUCCUUAUCUGCUGGGGCCGAGGAGGCACUGACUGAUGCCAUGCGAACGGAUACCAGAGGAGACGUUUUCUACUUCUGGGCCAAGCUAGAUUUGGAGGCCCCGGGGACCAGGCAUCUCGAUUUCUGGUCGACAUGUGACAUCUUGAACAACGGGCACUGCAGGUCUCUAUCUCUACCUCUUCCUGUCCCAUUUCAUGACCAUAUAUAGACAUAUAUUUACAUAUAUAUAUGCCCACUGUGGUGCAGGGAUGUUUUUCAAGACUCCUUUAGGCGAAUGUACGACUUACCCAGUGGGGUACCCGCCCUCCCGCCGAUGCCCCCCACCGGCGAGUGGUCUGGGCUCCACAGCUGGGUGAUGCCCACCCCUUCCUUCAUGGAGUUCGUCCUCUUCUCCAGGUGAGUCUCUACGAUCGACAGACAUCCUGCAACUAGCUAGCCUCUCGAUUGACGACUAUUCCCUCUCCAGAAUGUUCUUGGACUCGUUGGACGCCUCCAUUGCCAACUUCUCCGGCGGCGUCGACCCCUGCCUUCUCGGAUCGUCAACGCCAGAGGUAUUAAAAAAGACGGUCCCUUUGACUACUUUUUUAAAGUCGGUCUUCACAUCCCACCCGUCAACCAUCCGCGUCUUGUGCUCAAUGCUGCUCCAGAAGGAGCACUGCUUCUGCCGCGUGCUGGAGCUACUGGUCAACGUCUGGGCUUACCACAGCGCGAGGACGAUGAUCCACCUUGAUCCGUUGACCGGAGAACUCCGGGAGCAGCACCCGGUGCGGCUGCGGCGGCGGGGUCUGAUGUGGGUGCGGUUCUUCAACUCGUCUCUGCUAAAGGAUAUGGACGAGGACUGGGCGGAGUCAGCGGCGGACGGGGAGCCGCCACGUAGGGGGUGGCUGUGGCCGCUGACGGGGGAGGUGUACGGCCCCCUCGUCCGGGACAGGGAGAGGGAGGCCGCCUACAGGCAGGAGAAGAGAAGGCUUCGUAAGGACAAGCAGGAGCUUCUCCGCAGGCGCACGCACGGCCGCUAUCAGAGACCUCUCGGCCAGUGA